GUUAUGCGUGAGAAGUCCUCGACUUCUGGCGGUGUUUCCUGGCUAGUCCUUUAAAAUGUUUGUGUUGUAAAAGUAGCUACCUUUGUAUUAUUAUGUUAUAUCCCCUCUCCAUCCGGCGCCAGUAUGCAAGACGAGACCGAGACCGAGUUUGACAUAGGUUUUGGUUGCUGAUGAAUUUCUUGUUUCAUUGAAGUCCCACUCCCAUAUCAAAGAGUGACUCGGGAACCUUGGGUACAGUGUGUAAGACUGGAUACCAACGGGAACUGGUCGUGGUGGCCGUCCUGGAGGCCCACAUCCAUGUCCCUGCUGAAGACCGCGGAGGCCAAGAUCCUCGCCUGUUUGCACAAUGAUGUUUGGGCCCGUUUUGUGACCCUUCCUGACCAUAACAGGAUAUGGUCCCUCACUGUCACAAACAAAACAGCCCGUCGGACCUCAGAGCAAGCCCCGAAGACCCCUCUGGUGAUGGUGCAUGGCUUCGGCGGGGGCGUGGGCCUGUGGAUCCGCAACCUGGACGCGCUGAGUCGCUCGCGACCCGUCCACGCCUUCGACCUGCUGGGGUUCGGGCGCAGCUCACGGCCCUCCUUCCCCACGGACGCGGAGCUGGCCGAGGACCAGUCCGUGGCCUCCAUCGAGCAGUGGAGGGAAACGGUGGGCCUGGAGCGCAUGAUCCUGCUGGGCCACAGCCUGGGGGGCUACCUCGCCACCUCCUACGCCAUACGCUACCCCGAAAGGGUGUCGCACCUGAUCCUGGUGGAUCCGUGGGGGUUCCCUGAGCGGCCGGCGCCAGAGGCCAAUGAGAACGCGGGCCAGAACCUGGAGGUGCGCAGGCCGGCGCCACCGCGCUGGGUCAAGGCCGUCGCCUCAGUAUUCAGCCUCUUCAACCCCCUCGCUGUCAUCAGAGCCGCUGGGCCAUGGGGACCUGGCUUGGUGACGAGGUUCCGUCCCGACUUCAAGAGGAAAUUUGAGGACCUUUUUGAUGACAAUACAAUGACUGAAUAUCUCUACCACUGUAAUGCCCAGACACCAAGUGGUGAGGUGGGCUUCAGGGCGAUGUCUGAGUCCCUGGGCUGGGCCAAGCGGCCCAUGUUGCAGCGCGUGCACCUGCUGCCGCCCUCACUGCCCGUCACCAUGCUGUACGGAUCGCGCUCCUGGGUCGACAACGCCUCCGGCCACAAGGUGGCGCAAAUCAGGGGCCAGAGCCCCACCCGCAUCAUGGUGAUUCCCAAUGCCUCUCACCAUGUCUAUGCUGAUGAAUAUGAAGAAUUCAACAAUGUUGUCCAGAAACUUUGUGAUACUGUUGACUGAAUUUUACGCUGGUCUGUGGAUUUUUAUAUGUAUGUUCUAUGUGUAUUGUAUUUGAGAGGGAGAGAGAGAGAUGGAGAAGAGAGAGAGGGAGGACAACGCAGAGAAAGUGAGGACAAGGCAGAGAAAGUGAGUGCAGUGGUCCUGCUAAGUAUGCACACCGGAGAGCGGGAUGUAGGGAUCCCGAAGGAGGCUGUUUGUUUUAAUUUUAUAUUUUAUUUGUAUAAUUUGGCCUUAUUGCCAGUUGCCAAAAGUUGUCCACAUUUUUACAUCUCUGCUGUUGUCUGCUGGCUGCUCGAGUUAGUUUCUGAUUCGUGGUUGCAUAGUGAACAUAUUAAAAGCUCUGCGGUAUAGGGUCCUUUCAGCUCUCCAACGGAAUGUAUCUAAGGCUGGUUAGAACUUCAAGGCAACGAUACACUGGGCAAUUUUUUGAGCAAUGUUGCUUGGCAACAAUAUGGUUAGCGCCUAAGUUUUUGAUGGAAUGAUAAAAACAAGCUGUCUGCUGCUGAUCCAAAGCUGUCCAAACAACAUUUUGUAGUUUUGUUGCCCAGACACAUUGCUCAAAAAGUUGCCCUGUGUAUCCAUCACCUUAACUCCCUCACAUACAGUAAACGUAAUAACCUCAUGACACACGGUGCUUACACAAUCGUAACUAUCUGAAGAUAUUUAUUCAUAUUUGUAAAGUAUAAGCACUGUUGUAUAAGCUGCGUUUAAUGAAAGUGUAAAAACCAUCAAGUGCAUGUGUCACCCUUUGUUACAGGAAUGUAUGUCGUGCGCACUCUGUAUUUUGUGCUCUCUCACAAGCACUUGGAUUCCUCUCUGUUCAGUGUAUGGUCCUCCAUUGUAUUUUAUUACUCACAAUUGCAAUAAAAGUUUGUAUGUUUCACAUUUAAA